CACAGAAUGCUGGUGUAAAUUAAUGAGCUGGUCCACGUUAAUAUCCCCUGUUCCAGUGAGUCACUGGUCCAGGGGGGUGCUAAUAGAACGGUGCGUUGUCCUUAGCAAGGUUUGAACAUUCCCGGCCUGUCCCCGGUAUGAUAAUGAUCACAAUCGCGAGCGCGAGAAUAUAUUAGGGCUCGUACUUGCUCGUGCUGUUCUGAACAACACCCAUCCUGAAAUCAUCUCCGGCGCGCCUCUCCCACAGAGGACCUAUUCACGGGUUCCCUGCCAAGCACUACAUCGCGCAGCGCUAUCCGAUACCCAGGCUAGGCGAAUACCUUCCAUUGCGCCGCCGACUUUUCCAAAAUAUGAGGUCCCUCCCGGAUGCCAAAAUCAGAAUAAUGAUACUCAACCCCAGUGGCGGCGCGGGGUUCAACGACUUGGUGGCGGAAACAGUGAUGAAAUACAAGGACCCAAACACCCACGUCACAGUCGCCUCACUCGCCGACCGCAUCGGAGGCACCCAAACCCUGGCGUACCCGGUGCUCCGGCCUCUGGUUUACGGCGAAAUGAUACGGGCGUGUUUGCAGUGCCGCAAGGAGAACUACGAUGCGCUCAUCGUGAAUUGCUUCGUCGACCCGAUGGUGGACGAGCUCAGGCAGAUCGCGGGUGAUGAUAUGGUUGUUCUCGGUGCGAGGCAAAUGGCCGUUCAGACGGUGUCGAGGCUUGGGUGCAGGUACGCCGUGCUGUCGCUGUACGACAUGCAGGGCUCACAAGACCCAUUGCUUCAGCGCUGUCUCUCGGACACAAGGACUGCGGUCUCGCAUCCGCUUAUCGACGUGGCGUUCAACGAUGAUCUUACGCCAAUGAAUGUCGAAGGUUUGCGCGAGAGCUUAGCCACGCAGGGAGAGCUAGCAGUCAGGCAGGAUGGCGCAGAGACUCUCAUCCUGGGCUGCACGGCUAUGUCCGGGUGCUGGCGGGGAUUGAUGCGAGCGGUGGGCGUUCCUGUUAUUGAUCCAACUGUUGCUGCCCUCAGAGGAGCGGGCGAGGCCGUUCGACUCAAACGUGAGUUUGGUUGGGGAGCUUCGACUAAGGGGGCUGGAAAUGUUCCGACAGAGAAUCAGCUGGAGUUGAUUGCUGAACAGUCGUACCCCUAUAGUGGAAGAAUCGAAAUCGAGUAAAUCGCUAUUCCCACACACAUAACCAGGAGACGUGGUAUGGUUCUUGCUGCCUAACCCACAGGUGAUAUCCGGCUGUAUAUCUGACUGGAUUAGGGUCUACCUGGUUUAUUAGAUAUAGCUAACUCUAGAUAGAGUAUAACUAGAUUAAAAAAGAUUAUAUAAUUAUAUCUUCUAUAC